AUGGGUAAGGGACAACCUAGAGGUUUAAACGCUGCCCGUAAGCUUCGUAUCCACCGCCGUGAUCAACGUUGGGCUGAUAAGCAAUACAAGAAGAGAGCUCUCGGUACCGCUUACCGUUCUUCUCCUUUCGGUGGUUCUUCUCACGCCAAGGGUAUUGUUCUCGAAAAGAUUGGUGUCGAAGCCAAGCAACCUAACUCUGCCAUUCGUAAGUGUGUCCGUGUUCAACUCAUCAAGAAUGGUAAGAAGGUCACUGCUUUCGUCCCCAAUGACGGUUGUUUGAACUAUGUUGACGAAAACGACGAAGUCUUGAUUGCUGGUUUCGGUCGUAAGGGUCGUGCUGUUGGUGAUAUUCCUGGUGUCCGUUUCAAGAUUGUCAAGGUCGCUGGUGUCUCUCUCCUCGCUUUGUACAAGGAAAAGAAGGAAAAGCCCAGAUCUUAAAUUCUUUUACUGUUUACAAAAAGAAUAAAAACAACAUACUUUAUUGUUUGCAAUCCGUACUUUAGAACGAUUAAAAGAAAGAAAGCCGAGAGGGGGUUCAAAGGAUGAUAAUUGCUGCGGCUAAAGGAGACAUUUAUA